CGUACUGGCUACGUAUUAGAGUAAUAAAAAACAAACUAAAACAUUUGUCCCAACAAAAUCCAUUUGCAAGAAAAGUAGAUUUUGAUUUUGAAAUAAUUUGUUUUUUCAAAAAAUGUCCUUGGACAAAUUUCAAGCAACAGAUGCUUGGCGAAAUAAAUUUAAAACACAUCUAUUUGCAGAACGAAAAACACCAAUUAUAUCCAAAGCCACCAAUUUAGCUGUCGCUACAUCCCAAACUCCACAGAGAUUGAGUUAUCAGUUAUCCGAAGAGCUACAAGAGAUUCUGGAAGAAAAGCAGAUCCCCCAUCCCGACAGCAAAGAGAUGCCCCGUGUUCGAGUACGAGAUGCCGAAGAGGAUGAUAAGGAGAACAUCGAACAAUUCCACGAACGCCUUCAUGCAGCAUUAACCCCGAGUAAAUUAAAACGCCAGCCAAACGUCGGCGCCGUGGAUAACACCCUGAUGAAUGAUUCUGAUGAAGCGCUCGACAUGACAAACACAAGCUUCGAAACGUUGGAGAAAAUGUGCGAGAAAACUGCCUCGGAUCCCGACAGCACACUGUUCAAAUACCUCGGUCAUGGGUCGUCGCCAGCUUCGCGGCAACCCAUAAGAGCAGGAAAUCGAGUGAGACCUCCUACAUUCGACGAGGAAGCUGAUGCUUUGCAACGUCUGCUUGACGAGUUAAAUGUCGAGGAGACAGAAAAACGAAUGCAAAACUUGCCGACAUUGGCCGAUGACACUCAAUUGGAUGAUAUUGAAGCUCCGUCCAUUUUCUGGGAGAACACGAUGACUCCAGAUGCUCUAAAGUCAAUAUCACCUUGCAAGAUGGUAGGUUUGAUGCGACAAUCGACGAUUAUGGAGGAGUUUUCUGAUGUUUCUGAAUCGGACGAGGUGAGUUCGAUGAGCUAUGAAAGCGCUCGGAAGACUUGUUAUUCGAGUGAAACUACUGGCUGUUAUGAGACAGCCAAUGACACAGCUGCUGGUAGCGAGAGAGCAGUCACCAAAAACGUGUCGGCGAACUCCUCAGGACGAUCAUCAUCAUCGGAACUGUUCCAGCAGAGGCACAGCCGACAGAAGUUCUUCAGCAACGACACCACAAAGAAAACAGAAUCAGAAGAACAAAUCGAAGAGAACCCUGAAAAAUCUAUUCACCUUAUUGAUUUUGGAUUUUCAAAGGAGGAAGAUGACCCUUUAGCGAAAUCGUUGCAUUUGAUAGACUUGGAUACAACAGUUAAGAGUCCCCAAGAAGACGAAGAGAACUGGAAUGAACAAGAAACAGAAUUGGCUUUAAAUUUAAAUUGUCCCUCAUCAGAAUCCACUGAACAAGGUGGGGAUGAAGAAGAAAUAGAAAAAGAAAGAGAAGAAAUAGAAAAAGAAAAAGAAAAAGAAAAAGACGAUGAAUAUGAUGAAGAAGAAGAUUACUCACUGGAACCAUUGAAAUCUUCUCUAGAAACAUCAACACAGCUCAUACAGUCCGAUAAUGAUGAAAGCUUGGUUAUUGAACUCUCCGACGAUGAUGAAUCGGCAAUGAGUUGCGAAGCGAAACCUUCCGCGGAGGAGAGCACCCUUAAUCGAAGUUUUACCAUCAAAUCAGAAGAACAACCACUGGAAGAUGAAAAAUCACUUCAUUUUAAUGAUACCAUGGAAGAAGUGGAAUACAUGAUGAGCAAAGGAAUGCAAUAUAUGCAAGCAGCUAAGGAGAACCUCCAACAACCAGAACAAAAAUCAUCGCCGAUGGUUACUGUUAAGAAUCAUCUAACUCCCGUGAAGAAAUUCGAGCGUUAUCGUUCUCCAUCUCCGAUGCUUUCAUCGCCUCACACUCCGAAAACAGUAAUUGCCAAGCCAAAGCCUGUGAAUAAGCAUGUCUUGGAUAUUAAGCCCUUCCCCAAGUUGGAUUUGUUCAAAAAACCCCAGCUAAAUGCUCUGAAACCACAGAAUAAGUCUGCGAAGAAGCAACAGUUCUCGCAUGUGGUUAGUCCGAUUGGGGCGUACAUCAAAAAAACACCAACAACUCCAUUGCUUUCGAGUGUGCGUAAUGAACUAGUGGGAACUUCGGCUGCGGCUUCAUCUAGUUCAAAAGCUUUUAGAAAAUUAGAUUGCGAUGGUCGUCUUACACCAGGAAAUGGAUCUCCAAGGAUCCAGCCAAAGACCCCAACUCCAGUUCGUAGCUUACCUAAGAAGGCAUACAUAUCGUCCGAAUACAAACAUAUUGUCGACGAACGAACUCAAUAUACAAUUCCGGGCGGACCCAAGAUCCAGAAAUAUUUAGUUUCGGCAAUGAUCCCUGCUGUUGUCCGACACGAGGGCAAAGUAAAAAUUCCGGAAAAUUUGAGAACAAGUGACAUGAAAUCAUCAGCGGCGCCGCGAAGAACCGAUGAUAGUUUGGCUGAUUUAAGUGUGGCUUCGGGUGAUGUCUCUGUGUACACGAUCAGAGAUGCUCAGAAGUUUUGAAAAAAUAGACAAUUCUUGUUUUGUUUCAGCUUUUUUUCUUUUUCUAUUUAUUAUUUAAAUGUUCUUUGUGUACCUUUUUAUAUUUUCUUUUCUUAAUUUUUAUUUUAAUACGCACUUUUUUGUAUGUUUUAAUUAUUUCGUCGCUUAUGAUUAUGAUGAUUUUUAGAUUUAUAGGAAAUUUAACUUAAAUGGAAUGUACGAAUUUUCUUUUUAAUAUUUAUAGUUAUUUUCUUCGCUUAAUAAAGAUGGGGUUAUUUU